GCCCAAGUUCCCUCUUGAGUGUUGUUACUGUUUGUGUCGCAAUUCUGCCAAGCAGGGAGGUCUCUCGCCAACACAGUCUUGUGUGCAGUGGCGUACACAACAACGUGGCGACGAGGAUAGGACAGCACCAUGGCCACCGCAGGACAGAUGCCAGACGCAAAGGUGAAGCUCAAAAUACGCCAUGAUUUUCAUAAUCGGAAACAGCGUGAAGGAGAGAGCAUUUCGGAGUUCUACAACGCGCUAAUGUCGCUUGCAUCAUCGCACGGGAACAUUCCCGAUGAAGCUAUAUGUUCCACUUUCAUUAAUGGACUCCGUGACGAACGGAUCGCCGGUCGACUUGACGAUAUGAAGGGCUGUGGUAUAGACACAUUUUACAAGAAGGCCAUUGAAUUGGAGGCUGAAUCACACCGUGGAAGAGAAAUGAGUCAAGGUAUUCCGGCGACAUCUGAACCGUCACAAGUACAACAGGAGGCAUCGCAAGAUCAAGCACUACAACACGCAGACGCACGGACGGCGGCUGGCAUAUCGAAGUGUCCGUACAACUUCGGCAAAGGUAUUACAGUUGGUCAAGUAGAGGUACCAGAUGUGAUCAAGUACAAGAUUGGCCACGAACGUCGAUCACUGUGCUUGAUACUUGACUGUGUGGAAUUCCCAGGCAAGCCUGAACUCUACCGUAAAGGAUCAUACAAGGACGCGCAUAGGAUCAAAGAAGUGUUCAGCGGCUUUGGAUUAAAGGCCGAGGUCAUAAAAGAUCUCAAUGCAAGCGAGAUGAAGAUGGAGUUGAAGAAAGUGGCCACGGACAGGAAUAGAACCGACGACGACUGUUUCCUCUGUUUCGUGCUAAGUCACGGGAAGCGGGGAGAGAUCAGCACAAAGGAUGGCUCCAUCAAGUUGCAAGAACUGGUAGACCCCUUCAUGUCCGAGGAAGCAGCACACUUUCGCGGAAAGCCAAAGAUAUUCUUCGUUCAGGCGUGUCAGUACAUUGGAGAGGAUGAGAAGAACGCUGAGACCCCCGUGGAGUGGAGCUACGAUAUUGCCUCGUAUCCCGAGCUAUAUUUCGGCAUUGCGACACAACCAGGCUUUUAUUCGUAUCGGCUGGAAACAAAGGGAGCCCCCUACAUCCAAACGAUAUGCAACAUCUUCGAGAACAGCAUCACGUCUGAAGACUCCUCUCCUGAUCUAGAAACCCUGAUGAAUGCCGUGCACCGAUGUUUGUCGUGCGAGUUCGAAACCAACUUUGAGGGUGAAGGAAAAUACCAUGAGAAAAAGCAAGCACCCUGCUUCUUUUCUACUUUGACCGACAAGGUGGUCUUUUCGAAAUGUUCACAGUCUAGCAAUCUACCUGGAACGUCUUCGUAGACCAGGGUAGAGUCACUAAAUUGGGGCACAGAGUAUCGGAUUCCUUUUCCGUGCCAGAGCCGCCGUUCGGUGUCCGCGACUGUGUAGAACGUGUCGUGUCGUCCCUCCUCUGUCCCUUUCUCGGGUUCCAAAUUUUUUCACCAUGUACCAGCUGGCCUGCACCCUUGCCCUUUUGCCAUUACUAUCCGCGACUGGGCCGAUCGUGUCACGUGGUUUCUCCUUCAAAGAACGCGCCGUCCAUGUUGAGUCCCCUCUGUCCAAAACCGGUUUCCUGGGUUGCGAGCUGGCUCGACUGCACGCUGUUCUCCGGCGGAGAAGGGGGGAUUGGCGUCCCGUUGCUAGGCAACGCGGCCGUGCCGGACCCAAUACGGCGGGCUCGCUCGCCGGCGUGGCUCAGUGUAGCUACUCUGCUCCCCAUUUAGUGACUCUAGUCCAGAGAAGAGUGCAGGUGCUUGUACUUUCACUGUUCUACUCUUGUGCACCGUAGGUCCUAUUCCAUUAAAAGAAAUAUGUUGAUCCAUGUAUGACUUGGCUGUACAAUCGCGGCACGGGAACCUUUUCGGGAUACAUGAACAUUUAGUAAUGGGUAAUAAAGACUUACACUAGAGAUACCGCGGUGCAAGUGGUAUUGCCACGAGGCAUGUAACGUGACAGCUAUGCAUUACAGUGGUGCUAAAAAAAAAGCAUUUAAAUGAUUAAAAGAGGCUUUAUCCUGC